AUGGCAGCACGACCAAAAAUCACGUUAUACGUUGAUACAGUCAGCCCUUUUGCUUAUGAGGCUUAUUGGAUUUUCAGGCAUGAUCCUACAUUCUCGAGAUGCAACAUCGAAUACAUACCUGUAUUCCUGGGUGGCAUCAUGAAAGACGUUGGGAACAAUCCACCUAUCAACAUCAAAAAUAAAGAUAAAUGGAUCGACCGUGAUCGUCUUCAUUGGGCAUCUGUCUUCAAUAUUCCCAUGUCUUCUAAAACACCAGUCGGCUUUCCUCACAUGACGCUUGGGAUUCAACGCGCGUUAGGUGUGUUGCCAUUCUUGUUUCCGGAGGGGAAUGAAGCGCACGAGAUUUUAUGUCAAUGUCUAGAUCGUGUGUAUGAAAUGUAUUGGGUGGAGGGGAAGAAUAUCACGGCUCCUGGGGUCUUCGAAGAGGUGCUUCAGAAUUUGAUUGGGGAGGAAAAGAAGGAGUUGGUAUUGAAGGAGAUUGCGGGGAAGGGUAAAGAGGCGGUGCUGAAAAAUAAUGAGAGAGCGGUACGGGAUGGGGCUUUUGGGUUACCUUGGAUGGUAUGCACGAAUUCCGCAGGUGAAACGCGGGGAUUCUGGGGCGUGGAUCAUUUAGCACAAGUGGUGGAUUUCUUAGGGUUGGAGAGAACAAAGAGUAGAGCUUGGAAAGCUUAUCUUUGA